AUGGACACCGAUAAUCGAUUUUUCGAUCGAAUCUUGGCUGUCGUUUGCACCUCGUGCCUAUUAAGUGUGUUGCUCAUUGCAUUUGAAGAGAAAACUUCUUUACAUCAUGAAUCGCACUUGAGAGUUGAUGGACCACCGUAUGAACCUGUCCAAUUGCGCUUGUACCUUGGUGUGCAACCAGGAAAUAAAAACUGUCCACGCGGAAUGUAUCGUCCAAGUGGGGUUGGCAUAACUAUUGGCGAGUGCGAGUUUUGUCCUCGUGGUGUUUAUGGUGAUAGUCCUGGUUUAGAAUCGAAAAGCUGUACGGCAAAGUGUCCAAAAGGGACCUUUAACGAUAAACUUGGCGCGAAGAGCAUCUUAGACUGUAAAUUAUGUCCUGCUGGCGUUUUUGGAUCAAGUACUGGACUUACAAGUAGUCAGUGUUCGGGACCAUGUCCAAACGGCAAAUAUUCGAUGAAUGAAGGAGUUACUUCAAUAAGUGCCUGUAUGGAUUGUCCACCACUCUAUCGCGGACCACAAGGCUAUCGAGGCAAUGAUAUUACGAUGAAGCACGGUGGGGGUUAUCCAUGUAAUCGCUAUCAGUAUGGCAACACUAUAAUCAAUAAUCGUGACAAAAACAACGAUGUUUGGUUGGCUGGAUAUAUUUCGAACGCUCGAAAGUCCGCGAACAAACCGAUCAAUGACGAUACUACGCCAUGGUGA